AUGAAUACUGUUAUACUAAGCAUAGUUACAGUAAUUCUAGGUGUUGAGUUCAUAAUUGGAAAUACAGGUAAUGGGUUCAUAGUAAUGGUGAACUUCAUUGACUGGGUCAAGAGAAGAAAAGUCUCUUCAGUUGAUCAACUCCUCAUGGCUCUGGCCACCUCCAGAAUCUGCCUACUCUGGAUAGUACUCCUAAGUAAGUUGUCUUCUGUGCUUUGCCCAUUUUUAUUUUGGACUGAAGAAAUAUUAAAAAUGAUUAAUGUUACCUGGACUACAAUCAAUCACUUUAGUGUUUGGCUUGCUACAUGCCUCAGCAUCUUUUAUUUUCUGAAGAUAGCCAAUUUUUCUAACUCUACUUUUCUCUACCUAAAAUGGAGAGCUGAAAAGGUGGUCUUAGUGACACUGCUGGUGUCUGUGGUCAUUUUAUUUUUAAAUAUUACACUUACCAUCAAAGAGAUUGACAUCUGGGUUGCGGGAUAUAAAAUAAACAAGACUUGCAGUUCCAGCUCAAAAGACUCUUUGUACUUUUCCAGGGAUUUUUUACUCAACUACUUGGUAUUCACCAUCAUACCCUUCACUGUGUCCCUGAUCACUUUCCUCCUGCUCAUCUUUUCUCUGUACAGACAUCUCAGGAAGAUGCAUCUGAGUGCCGCAGGCUCCAGAGAUGCCAGCACUAAGGCCCAUUUUCAGAGCUUGCAGACAGUGGUUGCCUUCCUCCUCUUAUAUGCUGUUUUGUUUCUGUCUCUUUUCAUGCAAGUUUUGAUUUCUGAGUUAUGGAGGAAAAAUGCAAUCAUUAUGCUUUGCCAUGUUUUUGCAAUGACUUUUCCUUCAAGCCACUCGUGCGUCCUGAUUCUAAGAAACAAGAAGUUGAGACAGGCCUAUCUGUCUCUGGUGUGGUGGCUGAGGUGCAAGUUCAAAGAUGCAGAAUCCUAA